AUAUUUGACGAAACUCUGUAUUUUAAGCUUUGUAGCUUUUCUGAUGAAAUCAUUCCGAAUUCUCUGUUUCAGAAAGUGAAAAGAAAAAGCUGUGUUCAAUUGUUGGGCAGAGAGAUUAAUACUCCCCUUCGUUUUCGGAGGAGGAGGAGAAGGAGAAAAUCUAGCCUUUGUGUUUCUUCGCCAUUUCAACGCAAAGUAAGGAAUAUUCAUGACAAUCUCUUUCUUUUUCCCCUAAAUUUGAUGGUGUUUCUUCUGUUUGGAUGCUGGAAAAAUUCGGGAGGGAAAAAAGUGGCUGGAAGUUUCUGAAGGCCGGAAUUUUGGUGGGCCCUCAUUGAUCGCGAGGCCUGUCUCUCGGAAUCCCAACACGAUCUCGGAAAUUUAUGAGCACGAGAUCCCUAUAACCGAUACUUUGGUUGAAGGAGUGAGAUGCAUGGAUCCUAUUAUUAAGUUAAUUUUGCUUCUGAUAUUCUUCAGAAUAGCAUGUGCUUCAACUGAUGAAAAAAACUUUGAACACUGUGAAAGGCUUGUAAAAAGUUGGGCCUUAUCUUCUCUUCAUCAAGGUAUCAACAAAGAUAAACAUACACUACAAGAUUUACUGUUCUUUCUACAUGUUCCAAGAACAGGGGGGCGAUCGUACUACCACUGUUUCUUGAAAAAGUUGUACCCAAACUCUCAGGAGUGUCCCCGUUCUUAUGAUAAGCUACGGUUUGAUCCCAGCAAGACAAAAUGCAGAUUGUUAGCUACUCAUGAUGAUUAUAGCAUGAUGGAAAAACUACCGAAGGAGAGGACUUCGGUGGUGACAAUUGUCAGGAAUCCAGUUGACCGGGUUCUUAGUUCAUAUGAAUUUUCAGUUGAGGUAGCAGCUAGAUUUUUGGUACAUCCUGACCUAGCUUCUGCAACAAAAAUGUCCAAACGAGUGCGUGGAAAGACAAAUGGAGUGAGCACACUGGAUAUUUGGCCGUGGAAGUAUUUGGUUCCAUGGAUGAGGGGAGAUCUAUUUACUCGAAGAGAUGCUAGAAGGCAGAAAGGUUCAAGUGAAGCUAAGAGGGGCAGUCCAUAUGACAUGGAGGACAUUCUUAUGCCACUAAAAGAGUUUGUUGAUGAUCCCAUUGUUCAUGAUAUUGUUCACAAUGGGGCCACUUUCCAGAUAGCAGGAUUGACAAACAACUCCUACCUAACUGAAUCACAUGAGAUACGACACUGUAUACAGGAACAUAAGAGUCUUGGUCAACAUGUGCUUCAUGUGGCAAAGAAGAGGUUGGAUGCCAUGUUAUAUGUUGGUCUAACUGCGGAACAUAAGGAAUCUGCGACAAUGUUUGCAAAUGUGGUUGGUGCACAGGUGAUUUCACAGCUAAGAGAUGCCAACUUUAGCAUGGACACUUUAGCUGUCAAUCAAACAGGUAAUAGUAGCUCUUCGCAUUUGGAUUCUGAGCUUGAGAUCAAUGUUGAUCAGAAUAAUAGUACCUUAGAUGAAAAGGCUACUGUGCAAGAUGUAAGUGAAGCAAAGAGGGAAAAUAUGACUGUUGCAGAACUUAUUGAAGUUUAUGAAGGGUGCAUUUCAAGUCUACUAAAGACUCAAUCACGUCGUCGAUUUGCUUCUUUAAAGAGGAUUUCUCCUGCAAAUUUUUCAAAAGAGGCCCGGCGUUCCAUUUCUGAUGAAGUUCUGCAGCAGAUUAGAACACUGAAUCACCUGGAUGUGGAGCUUUUUAGUUAUGCUCAAGAAAUCUUUGCAAUGAGACAUGUGCAACUGAUGGGGAAUCUUGAUAUGAAAGAUGGAACAAAAAGCAAACUCAAUCGAUCACUUGCCUUUGAGCUAUGGAAAAUUCCUUCGUUGGUAAUGCUUUUUAUCUUACUCCUUAUUCUCUUCCUAUUUGCGAAUGCUCGGAGAAGAGUAUCUAAAGUUAAGGUAUAAUUGUUGAUUUAAUUUAUAUUUGAAGUGGAAAAGCGAGUUUUUGCAUCUCAACAUCUGUUUGGAUUUUAAUUGAAUGAACGGUUUUGCCUUUCAACCCUAUUUGAGCAAUUAUUUAUUGUUCUGCCUUCUUACUUGA